CCUUCCUAGCCACGUGACUCCCGGCUCCGCGCUUGCUCCACUACAGCCUUCCUUACUGCCAGAAUCCGGCGUUAUGGCUGCCGCCGUUCCCCGCGCCGCUUCUCUCUCCCAAUUGUUUUCCCUUCUCCUGUUCCUCCUGCUCCUUUCUGCUCCGCAAGGAGGCAGCGGCCUGCACACCAAGGGCGCCCUUCCCCUGGAUACAAUCACUUUCUACAAGGUCAUUCCCAAAAGCAAGUUCGUCUUGGUGAAGUUUGACACCCAGUACCCGUACGGUGAGAAGCAGGAUGAGUUCAAGCGUCUGGCUGAAAACUCGGCUUCCAGCGAUGAUCUCUUGGUGGCAGAGGUGGGGAUCUCAGAUUAUGGUGACAAGCUGAAUAUGGAGCUGAGUGAGAAAUACAAGCUGGACAAGGAGAACUACCCAGUCUUCUACCUCUUCCGGGAUGGGGACUUUGAGAACCCAGUCCUAUAUAGUGGGGCAGUUAAGGUUGGAGCCAUCCAGCGCUGGCUAAAGGGACAUGGGGUUUACCUAGGUAUGCCUGGUUGCCUGCCUGCAUAUGACACCCUUGCUGGAGAGUUCAUCAGGGCCUCUGGUAUGGAGGCCCGCCAGGCCCUCUUGAAGCAGGGGCAGGACAACCUUGCAAGUGUGAAGGAGGCUGAGAAGAAGUGGGCUGAGCAAUACCUUAAGAUCAUGGGAAAGAUCUUAGACCAAGGUGAGGACUUCCCAGCCUCAGAGAUGACCCGGAUCACCAAGCUGAUUGAGAAGAACAAGAUGAGCGAUGGGAAGAAGGAAGAGCUCCAGAAGAGCCUAAACAUUUUGACUGCCUUCCAGAAGAAGGGGGCCGAGAAGCAGGAGCUAUGAAGAGGCACUCCAGGGUUUUCAAGGGUUUGGUGGGGUGGGGAGGGGUAAGCUACCUGCUGGCUGUGAGACCCUCCUGGGAUAUAAGGGAGUGGUAGGAAAAGUGGCACUAAACCAGAAAUCUGAGUAUGCCCAGAUAUUGAUGCUGGUGUGACUAUGCUUGGAACAUCGCUGUAACCAGUCUGGUAUAGCUGGUACAUUUACUCAGAUGGCUUGUGAAAUUCCCCCUCAGAAGGAACUGGUGCUAUAAAGAAGAGUGUACUGCCCAGGUUUUUGAUAGAUAGAAUUCUGAUUCAAUUAAAGUUUCUGUGUUUUGGUUAAAAGGA